CCGAGAUGGAAAAUGCCGCCCCGGAGGACCCAUACAAAGUCUCGCAAUGGUUGUGACCAAUGUAAGAAACGUCGAGUCAAGUGCGAUGAACAAGGCCCACCUUGCUCGAAUUGCACAAGUCGCGAGCUUAAAUGCACCUACCUCAAAGUACCAAUAGCUCGCAGCGUUGUAACUUCACCACCAGUGAGCCCAACACCUGCGCCACUCUCUGCUAGCAAAGCGCUAUCCGCAGAGGUCACAGUUCAUAACCGGACUUUAUUCCGGUAUGGCACCUGCAAUCCACCAAAAUUUGCCAGCACACGGGAGCUGGAGUUGAUGCACAAGUACUCCACAGAGACGUACCAGAGUCUGUGCAAUGAGCCCGUGGACCAUUACACUUGGCAGACCGUCAUUGCGCGAAAAGCUUUCCAGCAUGACUUCCUCAUGAGUGGGCUGCUUGCAGUUGCCUCUCUGCAUAUCGCCGCCACGAUGAACUCACCAGAAGCUUUGUCAUAUAUUGACACGGCAUUGGAGUAUCACGACCGGGCCUUUGCACCUUUCCGGCACGCCAUAGACAAUCUCACUCCCGCCAAUUGUGAUGCAGUCUUCGCCCACUCGGUCAUUACCACGGUCAUCGGCAUAGCUCUGCCCCGGCUGUCGUCUGACAGGGAGGAGAUCAACACUAUGACCGAGAACAUCAUUGUCGUCUUUGAGUUGCUUCACGGCGUCAGCAAGAUUUACACCAUCAGUCGGGAGUGGCUGUCCACGCAACUGGUCACUUCUCGUAAAGGAUUCUGGGAAACGCAACUUUCGAUCCUCGAUAGCGAGACCGAGACCGCCUUUGAUAAAUUGACCACGUUGAGUCACUCCAUGCAAGACAGCGUCAACGAAGAGCAACAUCGCAUCAUUGAUGAAGCUAUAGCACUUCUGCGGCGCUGCUUCUGUAGGUACAAUCACUCUCGCGAUAUAGCAUCUAUACUUGGAUGGCUCGCGAUGGCUAGCAAAGAGUUUGUUCAUGCGUUGAGGCGUCGUCAGCCUCUUGCACUGCUGGUGUUAAUGCACUGGGGCGCGUUGCUAGUGGAGCUUGAUGGUAAAGUAUGGUGGGCGAAGAACUCGGGUAGAGCCUUGGUUUCUGAGUUACUGAGCGCCCUUCGUCCAUGUGAUGCGCAAUGGGAGAGUGCUUUGCAGUGGCCAGAACGAAAGAUU